CAUUAUUAUUUGUUAGACAGAGGAGGUUCACCAGGAUACAGAAAUAGUCAGAAAGAACUCAGAUUUUUUUAAAAAAGAUAAUUUUUUAAGUGAAUUUGAUAUUAGACAAUCAGACCUGACAGCCUAAAGUGUUCUGCAUUUGUUUCCACCAACUGAUUAGCCUAUUUUUUAUUAACUACAGCAAAGGCAUCUGGUGAGAGAAUGAAUGCUGAUGAAUGUAAUGGACGCUCAUAUUCACAAGGUAAUGGAGGAGAAUCAUCAGCAGAGCAGGAUUUUUAUGCUGGGUUGCGGGCCACUUCUGUAAGAUCUCCCAACAGCCAGCAGUCCUCGCCUCACCGCUCCCUAAGUGACUCCAUUAAGGUUGAGCUGUGUAGCGACGAAGAGUCUUCAGGUGCCCGACAGUCUGAGAACAAAGAGGCUGCGAGGAGCGACGGUGGGAGAGAUGACAGGGUGGGUCCUGCUGACGAAGGAGGUCCAGCGUUUGCCGGAACCGGAGGAGACAGAGGUAACAUCUACAGUGAGAUGGCUACUCCUAAUUCGUCCUCACCGGGACCAAUCCGGCUGCCCAACGGGAAGCUGCAGUGUGAGGUGUGCGGGAUGGUCUGCAUAGGACCCAAUGUGCUGAUGGUCCACAAGCGCAGCCACACAGCCCAAACAUCCAUGCACAUGUUUGCAGGUGAGCGACCGUUUCAGUGCAACCAGUGUGGAGCCUCUUUCACCCAGAAGGGCAACCUGCUGCGCCACAUCAAACUUCAUUCAGGAGAGAAGCCUUUCAAAUGUCCCGUUUGCAACUAUGCCUGCCGUCGGAGAGAUGCUCUUGCUGGUCAUCUGCGCACUCAUUCAGUUCCUUCCCCGACGGUGGGGAAACCUUUCAAGUGCAACUACUGUAGUCGCAGCUAUAAGCAGCAGAGCACACUGGAGGAACAUCUGGAGCGCUGCCAUAGUUACAUGAAGACACUAGACUCUCAGAUGCCACCUGGUGAAGAGUCUGUAAAUAUGGAGAGCAUCACUAAACCCGUACUGCAGCCGUCCAAUGAGAAAAGGCCGUUUGUGGACAGACUGACUGUCAGCAUAACCAAACGAAAGAGGUCAACACCACAGAAGUUUUUGGGAGAAAAGCACAUGCACCUUCAACCACCAGAAGCACCUUAUGAACUGUCCUCUGGCUCUGAAAAGGAAGGGGAUCUCCUCAGCUCCCAUUCUGCUGGAGAUUCAUCCGGUCUGGUUAGUUCACACCUCCACUUCGCAAGAAGUAAAGCCGAGAGCCAGGAAUCGCCCUCGCUGCCUCCGCUCCAUCCUGGCUUCGUGGCAGAGCUCCGAACCGUUGUGGGUUCCCUCAACAGUGGCGUGGUUCCCCAGGGCCCCCGAGCCCACGGCGCAGUGGGGCUCGCAGCAAUGUCCCUUGGCCUCCAUGGGCGGGAGGCAGGCGAAGCCCGGGACGACCAGCCCUCGGCUCACAGCCACACCACCUCGCCCAACGGCUGCCCCGACUCUACAGACACAGAGAGCACAGCGGAAGAGCAGAGCACAAGGGCUACAGCCCCUACAAGUACCUCCAACAACCAUCACCUCCACUAUCUGACCCCAGCACUGCCCCGCGGCUAUCCCACCAUCAGCCCCAGCCAGGCCAAAGAUUUGGACCCAGAGUGGGAUAGAGGGGUUCCUGUUCUCCCAGGUGUUGUAAAGAGAAACCCAGGCUCGCCUCUCUCCUCCAGGAACAAUUUCCAAGUUUUGGACAGGGGGGGCAGGCCUGUGCGCUCCUUCUACUGCCGGCACUGCUGCAUCCUCUUCCUGGACCACGUCAUGUACACGAUCCACAUGGGCUGCCACGGCUUCCGCCAGCCCUUCGAGUGCAACAUCUGCGGGCAUCCCAGCCAGGACCGCUACGAGUUUUCCUCUCACAUUAGCCGCGGAGAGCACCAGGUGGGCUGAGGACAGGUGGUUGCACAAGGAGGGGUAAACUGCUAUAAUCUAAAAGGGGGCUCAUGUUUGUUCUGCACCAGAUCAGCUAUUUUAAAUCCCUAGUUUAAGUCAAAUAAAUCCUGAGCUUGCUGUGGAUUUAUAUCCUACAUGACACAAGUGAGCAAAAAAAAAAAAAUCUUUUUAACGCAUCAGUUAGAUUAGUUUAGACAAAUUGAAUUGUGUAACUGAUUGCACUCCCUUAUCAAAUCGCAUGGCAAACUACAGGUUUUGCCUCAGAAGUGCCUUCUUUGGGGAUUUCCUCUGAACACACACACUCACACACAACACAAACACACACCCACACAAAAAGAAACAGUGGAGAACUGGUGCUCAAGAAACCCGACUAGCCAUCCUUUCCUCGGUGAUUUUAGAAACAAUCACAUCCAAGAGGUCAUGUUCACAUGCAGUUAUUGAAAGCAUUUAAGCAUUUAUCAAAAACAGGUUUUAUUCAGUAUGCACUGAGAGCUUUGCUUCAGCGGCUGAGGAGGGUGCUUUCUGGGUCGGGUGAGCUGCAAGUGCACGGAGAGCUGUGUGCCUCUGAGUGUGGGACGAGCUUUUGUCACAGACGAAGCACAGAUGUGGAUUGCCUUAACUCCUACAGUGGUAACUGCUGUAGGAACACAUAUUGUUUACAGCACGGUUCAACAGUGUGCAAAGCAGGCAUGGGCUGGUAUGAGGUUACCACAGUGUCAGAUCUUUUGAAAGAAAUACUUUGCUUUGGUGGCACCACUGUAUUUACAAAAAUAACUUAGGUAAAAUUGAAUGAAAUUGUUUAUCUUUUUUUAAUUACUCAUUGUUAUUUUGAUAUUUUCUGCUUUAGGCCUCUUGCUUUCCAUAAAGCAGCACUGAACUAUGGCAAGCUUACAUUUGCUGGUUAAUUGACAAUGUUUCUGCAGGGUGUUUGAAUGUAAAAAAGUCAAAACAUUUAGGCCUGAAAAGGUCUUAAAACUGUCCAAAUUGCAUGUUUCUUAAAUUUAUACUUGUAGCCAUUUUUAAAAAUAUUUGAUGACAUUUAGCAAUUCAUAAAAACGUGACAAAAAUCUGACCAUGAUGACGUCUUGCUGCAGUAUUUUAGGCAAAACAGUCUUGUCACAUUAUAUUUGUAAUUAUUCAGAUUUUUAUCCCCACUUUGGCUCUUUAACUCUGUUGACAUGUGGCAUGUCAUUAGAGUUGAUAUUUUGGUUAAUACUGAAAUAGAGAUCGUUUAUUAUGAUCACAUAGCCACAUUGUUUUAGACAAGACAAUUGGUAGAAUGUAGAAAAUUACGUUUAGUUGUUGGUUGACGAAGUGGGUAUGAAACUUCCGGCAGGUAUAAAGCUUCAACAUUUCAUAUGAGAAAACUUUGGUACAAAAUGAUCAAAACUGCAAAGGUAUGAAAAAGUGAUGGGGUGAAAUUACCAGCAACCUUAGUAAUUAUAAAAGAUUUAAUAGAUGUGAUGGGUGGAGGUCUGGUAUUUUCCACCCCGUUUCUUUCCCUGUUAACAAUCAAAUUAAACUUUUUUGUCGACAAUGGAAGGAUGGAAGUGCCUUUUCUGAGCUAGAUGACCUGCAGUAUGCAGAAAUAGGUGGAGGAGGAAAUAUCACAGUGCUGCUCUAUGAUUCAUGCAAACAGAAAACUAACUCUGCCGUUUCUCUUACAUGUCAUUAAAACGACUUUAAACCAUGAAAACGGUUUGACAAAAGAUAGGUACAUCGAUACCGAUGCCCAUGCCUGGUGCAAAGCUAACUGUGUGGAACAGAGCCUCAGGAUGAAGCUGAUUCAUUGAGUAAAAUUAGGAUGAAAUAGGCUUUUAGAUUUCAAAAGUGAGUUUUAGGAUACUGGUGCAGAUCAGACCAUGAGCUUCGUCGCUUAUAAGAGCCUCGCUGAAUGGACCCAGGGUGCUCUACCUCUCUGCAGGAUUGCACUUUUUAGAAUAGGUUCCCUGCUUACAUAUGAACGUCUUUACUGAAGCACUUGACUGCUUUACAGAGUUGUUACCUGUGAUUGUUCUACUGCACUGAUGAAUUUAACAGUGACAAUAACUGACCACCUGGUUUAGGUGGUGAGUUUUUACUGGAGCCGGCCUUCUGCACCUUGCUUCGGGACCGGUGAGGGUUGAACCGUCAGCUCAGCUAAAACAAUCCCAUUGUGGUUUUGCACUCAGCGGCCGCAGCUGAGAUUUUAAACAAGUUCCAUAAUGUAAGUGAUUUAAGAAAUUAUUUAAAGAUGAAUUAUUAGCAAAUCAGUUUGAAUCUCUUCUGUUAUUAUCUCACUUGUGAUUAUCUACUUAGUGUCGUUUGUUUCUGCCUUGGUGUAUUUAAUCAGCUAUAUUCCAAAUCUUAUCCAGCAUAUUCCUCAAAGUUCAUGAAAUGUUACCUCCUGCUUCUUUAUAGCACCCAAAUACCUUAUUGCUACAGUAUGGUGAAUGAUUUGAUGAUGUUGAUAUCGGGAACAUGAAAGAAACCAAACUCAGUAUUCUUACUUAUUGUUGUUGGUUUGCUGCUUUAUAGUUUAACCUGAGUUUCUCUACUAGCAAGCAAAAUGUACUUGAAAACAGUAAAAAAAAAGAUAUAUAUAUAUGUAUAUAUAUAUAUGUAAAUGCACUUGGGUUUGAUAUGUAUGCUGGGGUGUGUUUGUGUGUGUGAAUGGACUAUAGCAUGGGUGCUUGUCAUUUUCUCCUUUUACCCGAAUUGUGAAUUAUUUUUGAAAUGUGAAGUAAAAACGGGACAUGGGUUUUUAUUUGUCCCCUCCUCGCGAUGACUUAAUGUUCUAAAAAAUAAAAUAAAAACCCUUUGUGAAUGAUGUAAAAUAACAAAAAACACUUUUACCUCAAAGUUCGAGAUGUACAACUGCCUCAUUAGUUCAAUAAAACUAGGGGGGGAAAAAAGAAUUAAAAAAGGUCAUGUCGCUUUCCAAGAUGUUUUUGCGGUUACAAAUUGCGUGCUCCUUGAUAUUUUCAAAACUUUUUACUGUCAAUAAAGUUGCAUUUAUUGUAAAAAUUGA